AGAGCGCGAUAUCAAAAUGGAGAGGCAGUUUAACCGGAAACAGGGAGCCCGAGAGCGAAAAUUCACUACUAAAGAGCUCGUCUACGCACGACACCGACGCUCUCAAAAUUGGCAGCCGGGAACAAUUAAAUGCAAAACCGGAAACACCGUAUACGAGGUGGAAAUGGCCGACGGAUCAACUCGGCGAUUUCACUCCAAUCAGCUAUUACGGAGACAAUCUUCUCGACCUCAGCCCGAGGAUGACCCCCUCGCCGUCAUCGCAGAAGCCUUCUCCAUCCCUCUACGUCCCGCUCCGACUCCAGACUCAACACAUCCGGUUGAAAGACCAGCCCAGCAGGACGAUGAGUCCCCGCCGUUCGAGAGACCAUGCACCGUCGAAGAAACGCCGCCCGAGAGAUCAACACCACAGCCUCCACGUCGGUCAGCCCGUACUCGAGUUCCGAUGGGACGGCUUCAGAUAAUCCCUUAUCGAAAAAACUAUUACGCGGCAUAAACCGCCAAUUCGGACAGUUGUUUUUCUCUUUCUUAAAAGGGGAGGUGUUGGGUCAGGUGUUUACCACGUGUUGGAUCAGGUGUUUACCACAUGUGAACACCUAACGACCGGGGUUCAAUCUGGAACCCAUAAAGUGACAUUUACGUGUGAGUGCGACAUUCGGGGUUGU